AUGUCGAGCGGUAUCAUUCCAGGCAGCGAAUUCGGUCUCGCCGGACGUUCGGCUACGGACGGUUCUGCUGAGCAUAUCGCCGUAGCCGUACUGAUCGGGAUCGCCUGGUACAAUGCCCUAGAACUCAUCGUCCUUUGCUUCGCAACCUUCAAGCGUUAUGGCGGCCUCUACUUCUGGUGUCUGCUCAUCGCAUCCAUCAGCAUCAUCCCCUUUGGUCUCGGAUACCUUCUCAUCAUCUACGAUAUCUACGACAACUGCUUCCCCGUAGCCAUGGAGCUCAUCGCCUGGGUUGGCAUGGUGACCGGCCAGUCGCUGGUCCUCUGGUCCCGAUUACACCUUGUCGUCCAAAACCCCAAGAUCCUCCGCGCAACUCUCAUCAUGAUCAUCGUCGACGCCAUCAUCUUCCACGUCCCGGGCUCCGUCCUCGAACUCGGCAGCCACACCAGCGAAUCCAGCAUCUUCAUCCGCGGCUUCAACGUCUUCGAGCGCAUCCAGCUCAUCGGUUUCUCCCUCCAAGAACUUAUUCUCUCGGGUAUCUAUUCCUACGAAGCUGUCCGGCUCCUUCAUCUCCGUCCUCGCGGCCACUACCGCGGCAUUCUCGUUCAACUCCUCGUCGUCAAUCUUGUCAUGGUCCUCAUGGAUGCGGCCGUGAUUGCCGUCCAGUAUACCGGCAUGUCCGAUAUCCAGUUUACCCUCAAAGCUAUGGUGUACAGCGUGAAACUCAAACUGGAAUACGCCAUCCUUAAUAAAUUAGUGGUCUUUGCGGAGAAAAUGAGCGGCAGUAACUCGGCUCCUACCGACCUAUCGGACUUUGUGGAUCUUUCUUUCCGCCCUAAUCAGCCACCGGCGGAUAGCGACAGCCAGGCGCGGAUUAUCGAGGACCUGGAUUUGAAUAUUGCGACUCAGCGGGUUCGCCCAGCGUCCAAACAAUCUCUGAGUGAUCCCCGCAGCAGCUCUUCGGGGACACCCUUAUCUACUCCCAGGACCAGGCUUGAUCGUGACGAAUGUCCGGCUUGA